AUAAUUGUAGCAAAACUGAUAAGGUAAUAUCAAUAGUAUGAGAACAGUGACUUCCUUGUAUAUGCAUCCCUUAUAACAAGGAGUGUUUUCAGUAAAAAGAAAAUGCACUAAACAGAAAAAGAAAAAGAAUAAUGUGGCUUAAUCCCAAUAACUCUUCCACUUACCAUCAUAGUAAGAAAUAAGUAACAUUGUAUGGUAGAUAUUGUCAUUGUCAAAUAAGUAAACAUGUAUUACAACAAGGUCCCCCCACUACUUCUUCCUAGACACUUGAAUCUAAACUAAAAUUAUUGACCUUUUGCACAGGUACAUAGAUACUAGCAAUCUUGUAUGUCGGAUGGUGAUAAUGUUUGUGAUAAUGAUGAUGGUGUUGACUAAUCUUUAUGUAUGAGGACAAAAAUUUUACCUUUGUUUUCCACAUUUGUUUUCUAAAAAAAGGAAGCUGAUGUGAUCAAUUGUUACAUUGAAAUACUGAUGAAUGAUGUCUUUUGUCUCUACAGGUCGCAUUAAGUUCCCACUGGGCAGGUGCAACAGGGCCACUCACAUCGAAGGUACAAGUAUGGAAGACCCACAAGAGACUAGGGGUGCGAAACUGCUUCCACCCAGGGGCCAGUGCACUCUCCCGGGAAUAUGUGGGAGUCUCAGCGAAGGAGGUCACAGGGAGAGAGAUGCUUGGGGCCCUGGCUUCUUACGUCUGGCCGAAAGUAUGAGAGAAGAGGCAAUAUGGCAGUUAAGGGGAGGGUGCUGACAGCACUCAGCCUGCUUAUCAGUGCUAAGCUCCUAAAUGUACAAGUCCCAUUCAUCUUUAAGGAUGGUAUAAACUACCUAAAUGAACACACUGGCAACCUGUUGACAGUAGCUGAACCUGCCUCUGCUGUUGCUGCUACAGCUGUAUCGCUGAUGAUAGGAUGUGAGAUUUCUUUUCUUUAUAAUCCGAGAUAUUUAUGAUGUGUUCUCUGUUUUAGAAGAGUGAAUGAUAGGAAGACCUUUUUACCUUAU